AUGCAAUCCUCCUAUUUCGAAACAUUCUCUCAUCCUGAAGGUCUUCAUUGGGACAACAACUGGGACGCUCUAGGAGCACCCCCCAAGGAUCCUACUCCAUUUAAUAAUCAGGGAUUCUGGCCGUCAAUGAGAGAUCCUGUGCAACCAUAUCCGGGUGUUCCCCAGCUACAAACAGAGAGCCUACCGUCAUUCUCGCACACGGGGCUGUCAUCCAAUGGGUUCUCUUCGUCUUUCUAUCCCCUGCCUGCGCUAUCCAACGUGCCCUCUGGGCCUCCCAUUCAAGAAGCUCCACCCAUCCCAACUGCUGGUGGUGAAAUUUCUGGAUCACUCCAUCCGGUUCAACAUAGCCGAGAGGAGUAUAGUCGGAACCCUGACCUAUUCAUCAAUAGCAUGGUCCCCAAUCCCACUGAUCCUACCCUUCGAUUAGUCCUCCGUAACGAUAUAUUGCCGUCAGAAUGGUGGUGCGAGAACAAGAAGGAACCUCCAAAUGCAUUGGACAUCUUCACAGAUAAACUCCCCGUUAAACCGAGGCAAUUUGAAUGUCGUUUUUGUGGCAAGAAGGGUGCGGUGGCGCUGAUUGGUAAGGCUCUUGAUUUGAGAGGUACAUACCAUGCUAAUAUCUCUUUAGUACAAGCCGUUUUCUUACCAAGGCCGAUCUCAAGUCGCACUGCACCAAGUACGAGGAAGACUGCAGUCACUGGGCCUUACAGAGGUAUCUGGAGAACGACUCUUCGCUGGAGCCUGUUUAAAGGACCUCCUCAAGGUUAUGGAAUGAUUCCUUUUCACAUCCUUGCUCCAGAUAGCCAGAUACCUAUGCUGCCUCAGGUCUCCCAGGGUCGUCUCUCAAUGGCCGGAAUAGCGAAUCUGUGGAGUACGUCCAAUGUUUCGUGGUGGCGGAGCAUGGCUAAAGUCGUUCCAGAUCCCAAAAAUGCUUACCCAUUCUUUAGGUUCAAACCAGACACCCUGAGCAAAAUGAGAGAGCCCGUCCCAGACCUUACUCAGACCACCUACGACUACCCUGAUGAAAGCGCGUUCUCCUCCCUUGCGAGUUCCAUUUCAUCCAUGAGGGAUUUUGAGCCCCCUGUAGACCCGGUAAUUUCUCCAAGUAUAGAUCCAGUCAUUAGGAAUCAUCCUGUCUCAAGCAUCCGCACAUCAUCUGGAGAAGACAACAUCCCCGUCGUGUCCAAGAAACGUAAAGCAUCAGAAUUCGACUUCGGAACUACUUUAAAUAGCAAUAUAUCCACAGUCCCGCCUGUCUUCGGUAUCAACUAUCGUAUAAACAUUCCUAGUCGCAACGUCCCCCAAAGCAACCAUAUAUUCGUCAAACAAAUGCUUCCAAGCCCAGAGCAAGAGGCAUUAAGAGGAAAAGUCCGAGGACAAUCGGUACAAAUGCAUCUUUUGUGA